AUGCCGUGUCAGACUGGGCGGGUAAGUUGGGAAAAGAACAUAUCUAUUCUGGGCCUAGUCCCGGGGCUGCACGCUGCGGGAUCUUGUGUGAAAGGAUCUCGCCUGGCGCGACGUCGGCAGAUCGAUCUUCUUUCGGCGACGAUUCGAGAUUUGCAAGCGUACUUGUCAAAUGGGACAAUCACAUCGCUUCAACUUACGCAGCGAUACCUCGACAAUAUCGCUGCGAAUAAUCAUGCUGGGCUCGAGCUUCGUGCAGUAAUCGAGACCGGACCAUACGAGAACUUGAUGGCCAUAGCUCAAUAUAUGGAUGAUCUCCGGGCUAACGGAACGAUCUUGUCUGAACUGCACGGAAUACCGAUGCUGCUCAAGGACAACAUUGCGACGGAUGUGUCGCUCGGUAUGAAUACAACGGCCGGCAAUUAUGGAUUCCUUGGAUCUCAAGUCCCUGGCGAUGCCCCCGUCACCGCACAACUCCGAGCUAAAGGUGUUAUCGUUAUCGGCAAGGCCAAUCUCAGUGAGCUGGCGAAUUAUAAGGCACUAAACGUGACCAACGGGUGGUCCGCCAGAGGCGGCCAGACUCAGUCUGCGUACGUGGUAGGCGGCUUCGCUGCUGGUGGGGACCCAUGUGGUUCCUCGUCUGGCUCCGCUGUCGGAGUCAGCGCCGGAUUUAGCAGCGCCUCACUGGGAUCAGAGACAGACGGCUCACUCGUAUGCCCGGCCAAUAGGGCAGCUCUGUAUACCAUCCGGAUGUCGGUCGGGCUUUCCAGCCGCACAGGCGUCAUUCCGAUCUCCUCCACUCAAGAUACGACGGGCCCCAUGGCCAAGUCUACUUAUGACUGUGCCCUGAUUUUAGAGAACAUGGUCGCUCACAGGCCCGAUCCUUUGGACCCAUACACGAAGAACGGGUCUCUGCACGCCCUUUCGAACUACACUCGAUUUGCACUGCAUCCGCACGCUACAUUUGCGAAUAAGACGCUGGCGGUCCCAAUCCAGUUUUUUCAGAAUGAGACUAUCAGCGGCAAUCCACCAGAAAUCAACAUGGCUCUUAAUGCUGCGAUAGCGAGGAUGGCUGAGCUUGGGGCGAUCGUCAUCAAUGGCACCUCAGUUCCCUCUGCCGAUCAGCUUGCUACUUCGACGGCGGAGACGAUUGUCCUUGAUACAGAUUUCAAGGUAGACCUGGCGACCUAUCUUUCGAGACUCAGCAAUUCCCAAAUCGAAAGCUUGGCAGAUCUGAUCGACUUUGACGAUGCUCAUGCUGAUCUUGAGUUCGCGCCAGGAGAAUGUUGCCAAGAGAUCCUGGUAAGAUCCGUGCAAACAACGGGUCGAAACGCGACGGAGUAUAUCCAUGCCCGCGCCACUGAUUACAACAUUGGACGAACCAAUGGUAUAGAUUACGUCCUCGACAAAUAUCAAGCCGACGCUUUGGUCCUGCCCACGGAGGGUUAUGCUUCUUCUCUGGCCGCUGUGGCUGGGUACCCGAUAGUCUCAGUCCCUCUUGGUUACCUUAGUAAUGGACAGCCCUUCGGCAUGGCUUUCAUUGGGAGGCAGUGGAGCGAAGCAACUCUGAUCAGCUUGAUGGCGGCAUGGGAGGAAAAUUCGCCUCCAAGAAGGGUGCCUGAGCAGUUGGUGUGA